UAUAUAAUAUAUAUUUUUACAUAUAUAUACUGUAUGUUUGUCCUUAACGUGAUCUGUGUUAGCACAUUAGUUUCACUUUAUACUAAAUCAACUUUUAGCCACAAGAGAUGCAAAAAUAUCUUUACUGUACAUUUAAAAUAAUUAUUUUAUUGUUGUACUUUUUAGCAGCAGAAAUGCCUAAGAAGUGACCAGCCCCACCAUUUUGGAUGUCAAAGUUACGACACGGGGCAUACUGUCCCAAUUCACAAAUGUUUGAACACUUGUAACCUGCACACUCAAACCUUUUUGUGCACUUCAAUUGAGUCCACACUUCAUAGAGGGGCGUAGAGUGCAGCCUGAAUAUUGGGACUGGGCCAUGGAAACAUGCACACACAUGCAUGCAUGCAUGUACAUAUAUGCAAGUUUAAGGAAAUGACACAUCAGGAAACAGGGUAGAGAUUAGAAAGAGGCCUGGAAACUCAGUCUUUCCUGUGAUUGGUGAACUUAAAAGCUGCUGCAGGACUGCAGACAUUCACAGGAAGCUGGACCAGCAAUGGCUCUGCUGAAAGUUCUGCUGCAGCUGCUGGGGCUGGGCGUUGCAGUGAGCUCAGUGUCUCUGCAGAAGAGGAUUAUUGGAGGUCAGACCUGUAAAGACGAUGAGCGGCAGUAUCAUGUGAAGGUCUAUAGAUACGAUCACACAAAAUAUGAAAUCUGUGGAGGUUCUCUGAUUAGCGAUCAGUGGGUUCUGACUGCAGCUCACUGCUGGAACUCAGAUCCAUCAUGGGUUAACGAGGCACAUGUAGGACUUCAUCCUAAAAGAGCUAGAAAGAAGAUGUAUCCAAUCACUCAACGUGAGGUUUAUAGAGACAGCAACGGUCGUUAUCAUGACAUCAUGCUCCUGAAGCUGCCAGAAAAAACAACAAUUCGACCAAUCACACUACCUGACUGUCCAGAUACUCUCCCACUCGGCACCAAGGUUCAGUUUGCAGGUUAUGGAGAUGCAAGAGUUGGCUUUUUUAACAAAAGAGUCAAACAUCGUCCAAAUGAUCUUCAGUGUGCAGAGUUUAAGAUUGGUACACAUGAAAAGUUGGAAAAGGAACUGGCAAAACACGAGGACUUUGAGUUCAGUUACCAGAAGUGGUACAGUGUGAGCAGCUCUAAGAAGGACACAUCUUUCGGCGACUCUGGUGGAGGAUUUGUGUUCAAGAACAGGCUGUACGGCGUUUGUGUCUUCACUGGAGAUCCACUGUAUGCACUCAAUAAACCAAGUGCUUUCCUGGAUGUCUGUGCCUACAAAAAGUGGAUAGAUGACACAAUUAACCAAAAACCUUAGGUUGCUAGGAGUCUGUAUUGUGGAUAAAUGUUCCCAGCAUCAUAAAAUCACAAAGUUCAAGUUAAUCUUUAAAUUUCAGUUUUCAGUUGAUUCAUUUUCUGAUUUACAGCGGAAUUAUUUGGGGAUUUAAGUUAUUGAGUACAAGUUAAUCUGUGAUUAUAUCUUAUUUCUCAAUAAGUAACGGUACUGUUUGUAAUAACCAGUAAUAAUAUCCACUGUCACAUGACUAGGAAAUAAAAGGCUGUUAUCUGAUCAGAUUGUCUCUGUGCUUAUUGCUGGUUGUUAGUGAAGAAAAUAACAGAGUUUGAAAUAUUGAACACAUAUUGAACUUUAAAGGCUGUUAAACAAACUUAGAAUCCAGAAAAACUACUUCCAGAACAGGAACAUUAAAAAUGUUAACAUACUUAGAAAGUCCAGAUGAUACUUGCUUAUACUUAUUUAGCAACACAGAACAGGGAUUAGAACAAACUUAGAAUCCAGAAAAACUACUUUAGCAACUACUUUUUA